UCUGUAUUAAGUCGUUAAUCUUUAAUUAUACUUCGAUUAGUCACAUCCAACUAUAUCAGUUUGUAAAUUUUAUGGGCGAUCUGUAGUGUGAGGCUUGUAGAUAAAGAUUUGUAUUUCUAGAUAAGUUCUAGAUGAGUAUCGAAAGUUUCAUGGCAAGAAGGCCUAUUGUAAAAUGUUUGAAAUGUGUUUGUCUUGUCAGACCACCCUGCUGUCUGCAUUACUGUUUGAACAGCUAUACCCGCGAUGGUUAUUCGGUGAUAUAUAAUAUAUACACGUAUAUAAUACGGCCUGAUAUGCGUUAUAAUCUUUUUUAUGAGACAGUCCGGUGUAAACAAUAAUGCACAAAAUGAAAACCCAAUCCAGAAAAUAUACUAUACGUUGUCAUAAUAUUUGUUUCAUUUACCCAUGAUUCAUACAUGCGUUAUCAUCUUUUUACGAGACAUUCCGGAGUGCACAAGUCAAUAACUAUGCUGAGUUAAAAUAAUUCAUAAAGUGAAAAACCCAAACCAGAAAAUAUUACACGUUGUGAUAAUAUUUGUCUCAUCUACUGCAGAUGUUUCCCUAAAAUAUAAAACUUCUACUUGGCGGUGGGAUACUUGCUGAAUUUUCUUCAUUUGCCUUUUUAAUAUAGAGAUAUCUUUGUCUGGCUUUCCUUUUACUCGCUUUCCUUACCAUGGCCUCAUUAUCCGCUAGAAUGAUAUAUUCGGAUGUGACCAAUCGAAGUAUAAUUUCGCUAACCCAUUUAAGAGUCAUACAAAAAAAUAAAAAAAUGUAUAGAUUGUUUAUAGGACUCGCUGUCUUCCUCUUAAUUUUCUUAUCUUUAUUUUUAUAGUACCUUGCGGUUAACCCAGAUAAGUUUGUUUUUGUAAUAUAAUCUUGUUAUUAAACUGUAAUAUUGUUCAUUGCAAAUAAAUAAUAUAUCUGUCAAUUUUAGGCAUAUAGUUGUUAUUUCGUUCUUCUACAGAUAAAUAGAGGUUUUAUUAUUUUCAUCUUCAGACUGUAGUGCCUAUAUUAAUCCCUGGCAAUUUAUAGCCAUUCCUAACUGACUAUGACUAAAUGACUAAAAAUACGACAAUAACGAGCGCGCCAGAAAUUGAUAUUGAUAAAAAAGGGAACCACACAGGGCAAUGUCGAGUGUUGCGCGACGCUGGCCGUCGCGACGAGCGACGGCGCCGCCGUGCGACGCCGGCAACGCAUGGUGGCUGCAUCCGGACGAUACACACUUUAUCGAACAGCUGUUAGUCAGUGCCGAAAAUAUAGCGUUUUCUACUUUGAGUAAUCUCCCGGUGUGCAACAGAAAGGUUUUUUGUUUGCGGUUUGGACGUUUGCGAUGGUUAAUUGGAUGUGAGACUGUAGGUAGUGAGGAGUUCGGGGGUUUUAUCUGUCGAAAGAGAAAUGAGGAGACAAAGUCAGAACAAUCAGUCCCAAAACCAGAGCAGCGAUGAUGAAUGUAGCGCCACUGUGUCUUCGCCGGCUCAGAUUUUGGAACGGGUACAGUCGGAUCGAGUGACAGUAACGAAACCGGAAGAGGACCGACGCAGGCGAACAAUCAUCGUUGAAAAGAAAAACGGAACCUUUGGAUUCACAAUUCAGAGUUACGGAAUCCACUACAAGAAGGAGAAAGAGAUAGAAAUGAUCACCUACGUGGAUUACGUCGACUACGAUGGACCUGCCUACAGGGCCGGAAUGCGCGAGGGUGACGUCAUACUGUCCAUCAACGGCACGGAUAUGGAGAAAGCCGAUCACAAAACGUUGGUGAAUUACAUCAAAAACUGCGAAUCUCGGAUGAGAAUGGUUGUACUUUUUGAAGACUGCGUUAGGAAGGUCGAGCUGCACAUGCGCUACAUCAAACUCCAAAACGUCCUCGAGAGUAAAAUGGAGGAACUCGAACGGCUAUGCAUACGGGAACGCCAGCUCCUCGAAGGUAAAUGGAAAACGCACAGUCUGCCGGCCAGAAAAAAAGCAACGCAAGCGAACGCCAGCGGCCCGCCUACUCCUCAAGGGUACUACACGUACUGCAGGCCUACGGUUUCUACAGAGGACGUUGCCAAAGUCGCGCAGCAAAAGCUCCACCUCACUCCUCCGUUAGUUUUCGCGUACCAGUAUUUCGACACGAGCUACAGGUACAUGCUCCAGCCUUCGACGAGCAGCAGCGGGGAGUACUUGCUCACUUUCGAACCGCAAAAGCAUCGCGAAAAACGUGACCCGGGGUUCAUCGUUAAAACACCUUGCGAUGAAUCGGCCAAGCCCAUUUCCAGAAGCAAAACCAACACGGAUAAGGUGAAAAAAGGUCACGGGCCUUGCCACAGCUACGGCGGUCAUUUGUGUAGUCCCUGCGUGACGGCGAAUCCCAGUAACGGCGACAAUACGAGCCUGGAAGCUUACGAUCUGGCUAGUCCGUGCUGUGACCCGCACUGCGUACCGGCGCGGCGCAGGCCGCGAGUCCAAAAAGAUCCCCACGGCAGAAAGAGAGAAUCGAAGACUGAAGAAACUCAAACGGAGCCCCAACAGCAAACGGCACGAUCGAGGCCGCACUCCCAAGUCGGCAGCGGUGCUCAAAGUUACUCGGCGCCGAGGAGAAAUUUUCACAUAGGGGCCGGCUUGGUCAGCCAGUGCAGUUUACAUUCCUGCACUUCGAGCGAAAUCAGCAACGCGGUGCCAUACACCGUAACCGGUGAAAGUUCCAAUAAUAGCUAUACGACGUCGUUGAGUACUGACACGUUGUAUUGGGACGGAUCCUGCGAAAGUACGUCGCGGCAAACCAACCCCAAGAGCGGUUCUGGCAAGCACGAUAAAUAUUCGUAUCAACAGUACACGCACGAGCCGGCCUACUGCCAAUACAACCCAAUGAAACCGAAAUCGUGGGACAACCUAACGACCAAGGCCUUCGGCGGUUACGGAUUCGGUUACGGAUAUCUCGAUACGUCUGGUAGCACGAAGUGUCCGAAAAAUCACGGCAGUAAAAUGUCUCACAAGAGUCAGACAACGCAGUACGUGAGAAUAGACAAGCAAGCCCCGCAGUAUACGCCCCACACGCAGCGACGGUACUUUCAACCCACAAAAUCUACGGAGAGUUUGUUGGCAGUGCCAAAGUACUCCAACGAAGCCUUGUCCGAUUCUAGUAUUUCUUGCGAAUGCUUAGAAGCUAGCUCGCCUUUACCCGACACGUCGGAAGCUAGGUUUUUUCAAAGUCCCCGACAAAGCGUUAUAAGUCCGACCGAUCCUAAUUUCGGGUACUACAGCGCUAGACGGUCUUCUAAAAAUGACAAUCAAACGAAAGGCAACAACGCUUGCACUACCACCUCGGAAGCCACUAGACUUUAAAUAUUCUGGUGACACGGCCACUGCUCAGUAUUUUCGUAUCUCUCUUGCGAAGAAAUCGAUAAAUUAUAAUAAUUAUUUGUUCCCCGAUAUAUUAGCAAGGUUAGAAAUCAGGAAUAUUGUACAGUGUGUCCCGGCGCAAGUGACACAAAGGGAAAUGUCAUAGCUAUCUUGGAUUUUAAGAUUGUGAUAAACGUGUGUUUUUUCUUUAAUUUCAGAUACAAAUCUUUAAUUUUGUUCUCUUCCGUGACGCCAAUAAUAUAAUAAUAAAUUAUAACAAAUCUGAUAUAAUAGGGCUGUGUUAUCAAUACGCAGCUAAUUAACUUUUUCUAAUAAAAUAUGUAAUUUAUGUAAUUUUUGCAAUAUUGUAUUUGUUAAAUAUGUUGGAAAAGCUAAUUACAAGCCCAAUGAAAUCAUGAAAAACCAUACGGGGUCAAAAAACAAAUUUAAUUUGAAUAACAUUUGUGAGAGUCAUCAUAAAAUUGCUUUCAUCUUUCGAUAACCGAAUUACAAUGCGCGUUUAAAAUGCGACAUUUUAAAAAUCCCGCUGUAUUUAAAAAACCAAGGCAGCUAUGACGUUUCGGUUUGUGCGAUCUUUAAUUUUAUGACAAACACGCUAGCUUUAUUAAUAAUGGAGGUACACAGUAAAAUCAUAAAAAAUGUGACACACUGUACAGCCGAUAUGAAAUUUUCGUUUAAAAAGAUUAAAAAUUUCAAAGUUUCAACUAUAUUGUCAGGAUCUCCAAAGCGCUACAAUUUCUUUGAAUCUAAUUAAACACUGUAGCCUAUACGUGAUAGCAAAUGAGUUGUGCUAAGUUGUGUUUGGCGUUCGCGGCAUUUUUCAUGAAAGAAGAAGUUUUCGAUCUUUUGGCGGUCCUAGAGUUUGGUUUGUUCUUAACAGCUACUUUAUUUCAUGUCCACUGUUUCACACGGUUCGAAAAUAAAAAAAAUAAAAAUACAAAAUUAAAUGCUUUUCAUGCAAACAUUGAAUUUUCUGUAAAAUUUCCUGUCCUGUAUAAUAAAAUAUAGAAUUAAUUGAAUUUAAUAGGCUUUUUUAAUUUUUAAAAAUUAAUUAUACAUAUUGAAAACGACUAAUGUUAAUAGAAUUUAAAACCUAAUAGUAGUAUUUUAGUUUUGAACUACUUGUGAACUUUUUGUUAGAACAAAUUGAUAUUAGAUAAAAUAAUUGUUCACAUACCGCCAACUUAUCGUAGAUAAACCGUGUGAAUGCCUCCUCACCCAAUGAAGUUAGGAUUAUUUAUAUUUAUACUUAAUUCUAAAAUUAAAAAUCCUAUUAGGUAUGCAGAAUUAAAGAGUUGAAUGUUAUAAAUAUAGAUGGCGUACAAGUCGUUGUAUACAUAAUGAGUUGUUAAACUGUAUUAUUGUAAAACUUGUUGUAAUUUCUCCAUUGACAAGGCAUGCGAUGUUUUUUUAAUUAAUAAUGCAAAAAUGUACUGGGGAUUUUGCGUUCAAACCAAAGUUUGCGAAAAAGAAAUACUGAAAACCUUGAAAAUUACAAAACGUAAUUAUAAAGAAAUUUGUUUUUGCAGUUUUUGCCGCUCAGCUUGAUAAAAAAAAACUGCAUAUUUCGAAAUCAAUUGAAUAUUUUGAACUUUGUCAGGGGUGUUUGUAAUUCAUUUAACUGUACAUACACUGUAAUUAUAAUUACAAAUUUAUGUGAAUAUAGACUAUAUAUUUAUUUCUCUAAUGUAAUAGUAGGUAAGAAACAUUGAAAUUGAAACCGAAAACAAGUCAAAACCAAUACCGACGCUGAGAAACUUUGUUUUGUGGCUGUUUUUGCCGUUAGCACAACCGAUUUAAACAAUUGACAUUUUAUCCAUGUUAUUAUGGAAAUUAAUUGAACUAGACAUUUUUUAUGUACAACUUCAAUUUUCUAUGCAUUGCGACACAACGAUUUUACUACAAUUUUGAAUAAAAUUUUG